AUGAAUAGAAGAGGAGGUAAUCGUGAUGACGAUGAUGAAGAUGAUGGGAAAAAGGAUGAACAAGAGAACACAAAGAUACCUAAACCAUUAUUCCCUCCACGCAAAGAUAUCCCACCUAUCCCAAAUCUAGACAAUCCAGCAUUCGAACCAUCAUUUAUCUAUAAACAAAGAUUUAGAAUGUCUGUCUAUCAACUUAAACCAGUUGAAGUUAAAAAGGACAAGAUUGAUAGAUAUUCACAAUCAUUUACAUCAUCAAGAGAUACUGGUCAAAGUUUAGAGAAUUCUUUACCUCUUCAUUCUGGUUACUUUCCGACAGAGUUGACGGUAACAAAGAGAAAGAAGAGAAAGUCAAUGAUGACAAAUGUAAACAAGACAUUGGAUGGUCUUCAAAACCUAGAGAAUCAAGGUGAAGAAGAAGAGGAAGUAGAAGAAGAUGAAGAGGAAUCAGAUAUGGAAGAUGAAGAAUACGCUAGAGGUGAAGAUAUGGAUGAUGAUGAAGACAUAUCUGUUAGUGGUGGUGAAGAAGAAGGUACCUUUUAA